AUGGGUGAUUCCUCAAACGAUAGAGAUACGGAUCUUGAUGGACUGAAGAGGAAUGUGCGACCAAAUUUUGCUGAGGAUGUAUACGGCGAGAAGAAGAGCACUCAGACGGAAGAAGUUGAGUACAGCGAGUCUUCUCUCGCUCAACGAAGGUCGGCUCUUUUGGUAAAAUUGAAACAACUUAAGGAUUCGCAUGGAACCACCACCACCGAUGUCAACAUAAACCGUGCGGAAAGUGUUGAUAUGAACGAUUGUGAUAUGGAGUUCGACUACACGGACUGUGAUACUCUUCUGAAUGAGCUGGCUGAACUUUACACUUAUUCUGAGCUCGAUGAUUUUGCCAGUAAUAUUCAGUGCUGGAAAGUUUAUGCUGACAAUAAUGAGGUCCUUCCACCGUUUCAUUUCUCUUCUUUAUCAUUGCCUAAGAGAAUGUUUAUAAUGCAAGAUCUUUGCGCAAGAAUGGAAAGCGCUGAGCCUGAUGUGAGACUGGCGAGUGCUCGUAUUAUGCUGUACAUCUUGCAGGGCGCUUUUCUGGACUUCAGCGAUGAAGAAGAAGUGGAAGCAGGAGUACCUCUUCGAACUGCUACGCUCGAUAAAGGAACAGGAGAACACGAAGGAGACUGCCUGGUCAAUGCGUUCCUCAACGCUCAUCUCGCGUACAAAGCUGGAGCAUUUCAGGCUCUCUGCACACUGCUUAUGGCAGAGAUAUGUGAACCUUUCGAUAGUGGAUUUGGCGCAGCCUUGGAUGCCGGUCGAGAAUCGAAGGCCAGUUCACGAGGAAGCCGUUGUCCUAGUAGUGCAGAUCUGGCUGAAAGUGAUCGUCGAAAUCGGCGCGCUGCAACCAUGGCAGAUAACGAAGCUAUGAGAACGGUGAUAUCUGCACUUUAUCAUAUGGUAGAGCUGAUCCGCAAUCAAGACAUGACGGAAAAGUUGUCCCCUGAGGAUUCGGGUCUGUCCGGAAGAAGAGCCGCAUUUCUAUCUGAAUUAAGUGAACCCAUCGAUCACGUUGGUCAACCACUGCUCUUGGUGCUAUUUGAAAUGUUGCCACCGUUUUAUACAGGAUCUUCACCUCAUUAUCCUAUAAAGAAGAUCUUGCUUCUUAUUUGGAAAAUUUUACUUGCUACGCUUGGUGGAUGGCAGCAUCUGGAUGCUCUGAAAGCAAGUAAACGGUCUGCUUUGGGACUUCCAGUUAUGGAAAACACUAUCGCUGUUGCUUCAUCGUUGCUUGCCACAGUAAUAAACGACAAUGAGAGUGGUGCAAGAGUAGCCGCUAGACGCAUUGUUCCCAUUGGUCGCGUUAUGGCUCGACAACUUGCAUAUGCCGGAAGUGAAGAAGCUAAAGACGACGAAAUUGAUAUAGGAGCUCUUACUGGUGAAGAUUUCCCUAGUGACACGGAUGUUCCAACAAGAAGAGUCUCGGAACUAAGACAAGUGAGCAGCGGUGACCGAACACCACGACCUGGUUCACCUAUGCCUCCAGAACCACCCAAAAGAAGUUUACCUUGGAAAAGCAAAGUAUCGAAGCAAGAAAUUGAAGCGUUUCUACAACAGGAAAGACAGAAAUUCUUCUCCUACCAGUUGCCCGGUGAUGUGGAUACAAUGUUUGCGUUGCCCAUUCCUAUUCAUAGAAGUGUAGAAACGCUUCGAAAACAUCUUUACACAUCAAUUGGAGAACUGCAGUCAGCUCAAGAUGAGGACUACAAUCGCUAUCUUUUCUCAAAGAAAGAAGAAAUUGAGCUUAACAUCGUCGAAGAACUCUACCGACUUCUUCUUCCGAAUCUUUGCCAAUAUGUGGUUGCUCUCUUGAAAGUCUUACUUGCAGCGGCUCCUUCAAAUAAGGCCAAGAACGAUGCGUUAAACAUUCUGGUUGAUGUAUUAACUCCUGAAACUGAUGGUAGUGAUAUUUUGUCAAAUUCGAUUAGUUUGGAUCAUUCAACAAGUAGUCCACUCGAAGAGAGCGUGCGACUUGCAAUCGAUAUUAAUAGGCACAAGGAGAUAAUGGUCAAAGCAACAUCCUCGAUUCUUCUUCUGCUUAUGAAACACCUUCGCCUAAAUCAUAUUUACCAGUUCGAGUACUUAUGUCAACACAUUGUUUACGGCAAUGGGAUUCCAUUGCUUCUGAAAUUUCUUGAUCAAAAUAUGACACGGUAUGUGCAGUCCAGAUACGAAAUUCAUGCGUACAACUACCCCCAGGCACCGUUGCAUUACGUGAGAAAUCGAGAUGAAUGGCCUGUUUUGAAUUCGGAAAAUGUUGAAAGCGGCGAACUAGAGCGAAGGGGCAUGUAUUAUAUGUGGAGAAAUAUGUUCUCAUCUAUUAAUCUUAUCAGGGUGCUCAACAAACUAGUCAAGGGUAAACAAUCUCGAGUGAUGAUGUUAAUGGUCUUCAAAUCUGCCCCGAUUCUGAAACGAUCGUUGAAAAUCCGCCUGGGUCUGUUCCAAUUUUUUGUACUGAAAGCUUUGAAAAUGCAAUCUCGAUACCUCGGUCGACAAUGGAGGAAAAGUAACAUGGAUAUAAUGUCCGCAAUCUACAACAAAGUUCGACAUCGUAUGACCGAUGAUUGGGCGUUUGCGAAUGAAAUGCGAAAAUCAUAUGAUUAUCACAGUGAGGAGAGUGAGCUGAAGGCUGCUGUUGAGCGGUUUCACAGUCGGCGGUACUCGAAAUUACAUCCACAGCUCGCAAUAGAGGUUAGCGAUGCUCCAAUGCCUGGUGACGACUACCUGAACAGGGUUAAUCUUCGCGAGUAUGAGCCUGUGGACAAUUGCUUCCAUUCAGUCCUCGGCAAGGAACCAGAACUUGGAAAAAGGUUCAAGAAUAACUAUCGCAAAUGGAUGGAAGAGGAAGUGAUUAAACGAAAUAUAGAUUGGGAUCGACUUCUAAUGAACACCAAAGGGAUCGCAUUGUCUCAUGACCUGAUGUUCGGCCGCGUAAUACCGCGAUUGAGUAAUCAAUACUCAUCGCUAAGAUCGUUGAUUGUCUUGGCAGAACGGAGCAAAGUGACGGCAGCACAUCGUAUACCAGCAGUGUACGGGGUAAAAAAGACAAAACCAUUCGAGGCUAUGAUAGAAGAAUACGCAAAAUACCAUUGGGAUGAUACAGUUACAGAAGAUGACCCAUUGGUUGUUCGAUUGCGGGAUCAGCUUUUAUCUGGAAGUAGAGCAGCGUUAGCCUCCGCUAUUACUCUUGUGGAAUCCAGACAUCCCCGAAAACGUGCUCAAGGGAACUUACUUCUACAUACGGUGCUUGCUGCGGAACGAAAACGUUACGAGGAAAAAGGAAAGGAGUCGAUGAUCUUCCGUAUCGGAAUUUCUGGAAGUCCUGGUGUUGGAAAGUCAACCUUCAUUGAAGCAAUGGGAAAAGAACUCAUUGACGGGCGUGGAAUGAAAGUUGCGGUGCUUACGAUUGAUCCCUCGAGUGCCGUCACUGGAGGCUCUGUGCUUGGUGAUCUAACUAGGAUGCAAGAGUUGUCGAGAAAUCCGAAGGCAUAUAUAAGGCAGUCACCUACGAGUGGGUCGCUUGGAGGCGUAACUAGAGGAAUUCAUGAAGCAAUCAUUCUUUGUGAAGGAGCAGGUUAUGAGGUGGUUAUAAUUGAAACUGUCGGAGUUGGCCAAUCUGAAGUUUCCGUUGCUGAUAUGUGUGACAUGUUUUGCCUCCUUCUAUCCCCUGCUCACGGAGAUGAAUUGCAGGGAGUGAAGCGUGGAAUCAUGGAACUAAGCGAUUUACUUGUUAUUACGAAGGAUGAUGGCGAUUUGAAAGCUAAGGCAAGACUUACGCAAUCGGAAUAUAUAUCUGCAUUGAGAUAUAUGCGCCCAAGAAUUAACGCUUGGAACCCGAAGGUCUUGCGCUCAUCUGUGAUGGAUCCCAAAUCAAUCAAAGCCGUUUGCGAUUGUAUGUUCGAAUAUUGGAAGACGAUCAUGGAAUCUGGAGAUCUAGAAGAACGACGUACUAAUCAAAUGACAACAUGGAUGUGGGAUCAUGUCAGAGAAGAACUGCUAAACGUGUUCCAAAAGCAUCCAAAAAUCGCACCAUUGGCUCCUGCUCUAGAAGAGGAUGUUCGUCUUGGAAAGAUUACACCCGGUCAUGCCUCCGAAACAUUAAUUAGGACUUUCCUCGGACUUUAG